AUGUCUUCAUCUAAUAAUCAAAAAAGUUCUGCUCAUGGCACAACUCAACAUGCAAGUUCUUCAUCUACAGAAAGUUCAACUGGAGGAGCUGGAACUACAGGACAAUCGAAGAAUAUAGGAGAAUCUAAUACUCAAGAACAUGGAGGACCCAAUGAUACAAAUAAUACCAAUAGCGGAUCUCAAGGACAAACUGUUGGUGGAUCAUCUGGUCAUGGAGGAAGUUCAGGUACUACUGGUUCUCAUGGUCAAGCUGGAAGUGGAUCAUCUAGUCAUGGUACUAAUCAACAUCAUUGA